GUGCUGGCUCCUUCAUACUUGUCAAGGCUGAGGUGACUCUUGGGGUUUAUGAAUGCACUUACGACGCCUUGUCAGUUAUACUGGGAGAGCAAAGUAAGUUAUAUUCGAGCAUAUUUGCUCAUUGUGGUGGCUCUUUCAUACUUGUCAAGGCUGAGGUGACUCUUGGGGUUGAUGGAUGCACUAACGAAGCCUUGUCAGUUAUACUGGGAAAUCCUUCUCGUACUUUUACCUGUGGGUCAACUGUUGAUAAGGCAGGUUUUCUGAAAAAGCAUGAUGAGGCCUUCUAUUUUGGGUUUAGUUUGGAUUCUAUUUACUUUUCUCAUUUGGAGGUGUCAUGGGAGUUGUAUCAAUAUAUCUUCUUGAAGAUAGUGCUAAACCAACUUCAAUUUAAUUCAAGUGGAAAAUCUUUUCAUCUUCGCCUUCGCCUCAUCUAUAACCUGACUAUGUUGUGCUUUGAGUUUUGAUAACACGUGAUUGAAAAGGCAUUGCAGUAGUUUUGUCUAAUCCAGUUCCCUUUUCUGGUGUUCAGGUAAGCUGUCAUCUUUCUUUUAACCAAAAACAUAGUUAAACUUCAUUCAUCAGCAAAAUCUCUUCCCCUAAGCUUAAGGUGUUUAUAUCUCUACAUUUCUCCGUGCAUUGUUUUUUCUAUGUUAAGUGCAUCUGACUAAUCCUUAGUUUGACAUGAGCUACGCGCCUAUAUUUAGCAUCCAUAAUCCAACUCUUCCAUGAGACCCUGGGGAAAUACCUUGUAAUUGUAUCUAAGUUCUGCCUUAUCAUGCUUCCCAACUCUAGUAAUAUGUUGUAUCAAAGUUUUCUC